AUGAGAUUAAUUGACAUCAAAUCAAAUCUGGUCACGAGCGUGGUGCAAGUACUGGUUUUGCAUGAUGUCGACAGAUUUGCAUUUGGCUUUGGGAUUCCCUGCAAAGACUCUCUUACCACAGUUACAAGAGUAUGGUCCUGUCCUAAGAAUACAUCAGAACUACGAAAAGCUGUUGAAAGAAAGAGAUGCCACGAUAUAAAGCAUUCAUGCAAGUCUUUUGAGUAUCACUGUGUAAUUAACGAUUGGAUGAAUGAAACAAUAGAAGCAUGCGCCCCAUCUUUACUUAUUAUUGGUGGAAGGUGUGCUGAGUUCAACACGGAUAAAACAAGUAUUCGAGGCAACUUUUUGACAGAUUGCAAGUCGUCUUCCCCUCCUUGUCCAUCAUCCUACAACUCGACAACAUCCUAUCAAUAUUUUGGCUGUUUCUCUAACAUCACAAAUGGAAGAGUUACUACCCUUCGCACAUUUAUUUCAUCACAAAAUCUGCAGGAAACGUCCAAAUUAAAGACAGCUAAUAAGUACAAAUUAAUCAAAAUCCAUUCUAAAAGAUUGUAA